AUGGGGGUCUCGAGAAAAUGGCUCUCCGUGGUUCUUCUCAUUUCAUGCAUCAUGCUCCAUCUGAGUGCACUUGCUCUCAGUGACAACAAGGUUGAUAAGACCAGGUUUGGCGACGACGAUGACUGUCGAUGGGGACGGAGACGCUGCGGCAGCAGAUUUGGUGGUGGGCCGGGCCGUGGUGGAAGAGGUGGUGGAUUUGGUGGAGGAGGAGGUGCGGGAGGUGGAGUUGGAGGAGGAGCUGGUGGUGGCGGUGGUUUAGGUGGCGGAGGGGGUGGAGGAGUUGGAGGAGGAGCUGGGAAGGGUGGAGGCUUUGGAGCUGGGGGUGGCGUUGGAGGUGGUGCGGGAGGUGGUGUAGGUGGUGGCGGGGGUUUUGGUGGCGGUGGAGGUGGAGGUGCUGGAGGUGGUGCUGGAAAAGGAGGUGGCUUUGGAGCUGGGGGCGGUGUUGGUGGAGGAGCUGGAGGAGGUGCUGGUGGUGGUGUUGGAGGUGGUGGAGCUGGAGGCGGAGUUGGAGCUGGAGGUGGUGGAGGAGGCGGUUCUGGUGGAGGUGGAGGUGUUGGUGGGGGUUCAGGCCAUGGAGGAGGCUUUGGUGCUGGAGGAGGUGUAGGUGGCGGUGCAGGAGGCACUGGAGGAGGUGCUGGUGGAGGUGGAGGUGGAGGAGGUGGAGGUGGUGGCGGCGUUGGUGGAGGAGCAGGACAUGGGGUGGAUUUGGUGCUGGCGGCGGCGUAG